AUGUGCGUGGUCAUGUUGUUUUUGGGCGUGGCCAUGUCAUAUGUGGGCGUGACCAUGCCAUAUGGUCAAACAGGCGUCGUCUUGGAACAGACUUUAGUCUUGGAGCAGGGAGGCGGUUGUAGUCUGACAACUGUAGCACUGGAGUACAUGUACCUGCAACCCAACAAACAGCUAGCUCUCCGCUCUUGCUUUGGUUUGUGCGUUCUCCUUUGUUCUUCGGGGACUGAGGCCUUCAGUCUGGGACACAAGAGGCCUCUGUGUGAGACCUGGUCUGACCCCAGACUGGGCUUCCCCAUGAUGAUUAUGACGUGCAUGAUCGGCAUGUGCUACCUGCUGGCUACUCACAUCGGACUGGGAUGGAACAUGUAG